AAUUCCGGAAGUAAACAUUGCCCAUCGACCUGAUGCCAGCAGAUACAUUAUCAAAUUUUAUCGUCAGGCCUGCAAUACAACAUAAAGCAUUUCAUAUAUGACAUUGUCUGCUUCAUUUUAGCAGGCAGUGGUGUUAGCCAUACUACCUGACAGAUAACAACAGGUUACUUUAUUGGAUCAGAAUAUUUUCCUAGUCUGACUGGACUGCGACAAAAUGUCAUUGCCGUCUGUUUCUUCAGCUUCAAGACUUCACAAAUCAUCAUCGUAGUUUAUUACAAAUUCAAGGCUAUUUUCGUAGCCCAAAAAGGCGAGGCUAAAACUAAAAGUAUGCCAUCUUAGAAGGCUAAUCAUUUUAUAGUCCUACUAAAUUAUACCAGUUCAUGGUGGAAGUGGUGUAGCUAUUUAUUUCACUCUAAGCUACGCGACUGAUGCAAGACAGAUCAUAACGAUUACGACCAUUUGACAUUUUAGUUAGUUUUGGUCAUAAAAUUAAUAUCCAAUCCAAGACACUGCUUGCUUCAUCAUAGUGGGCAGGUGUGGAGAGAAGAAGGACAGCCCACUACAAGAUCUAGAUCCAGUACUAUCCGACCAUCCUGAAAUCAUCAUUCAGCAACCUUGGCUGUACAGAAGAGGGAGACUACCUGACUGUGGAGGAAAGUAGGCAAAAAUGGCUUAUUUUGCACUAAUUCAGUUUGAACACUGGAAUGAAGAUGAUGUUGCCAGCUGGCUUAAAGGUUUGGACGAUGCUAUUCAGCCUUACAUUGAGAACUUUGUGAAGACAAACGUAGACGGGCGUAAGCUGCUGAUGUUGACGCACUCUGACCUGGACAAGUUGGGGAUCACAAAACUAGGUCAUCAGGAACUCGUCAUGGAGGGUGUCGAUCUCCUCCGAUCAUUGAGGUACACGUUUGAAACGGAGAACCUGCAGCACCUGGCUCUACAGCUAGGCUGCAAGGCUCGCAGUCUUCACAAUGAAAUUCUGGCCCGCAAUGGGGAGAACGAUCCGAACCGAGCGAACAUCCAGCCCAGCCGCCAUCAUCAUCGCCGACAGUUGUCUAUUUCUGUGCUUUCCUCUGUGUGUGACAUCAUGCUGACUCUGAAGACGUUGACCUCUUGGCUGGACAAGGCUCCGUUUGAAACUAUCCAUGGCAUCAGUCUGCUUCGGAACUCCAUUGUGAAACUGGGCCUUGAGUUGGUGACAGUUGCUCAGAAAGAAUCAGGGACCGCAGAGGUGGAACAGGCCAUUGUGAAAACUUGUCAAGGGAUGGCGGAGUAUUGCGACGGACUGGUUCUCAACAAGAAGGAGUCUCUCGUUGUACAGCCGGCUUCCUUGGAAAUUGCUACAAUCCGCAAAAAGCAAGAAGAUGAACUGGGCAUGAAUAUUCAGUCAUCGUACUACGGAAUUCACGUGAUUGGCUGCAUCAAGGACAGGUCACCAGCCGAUCUGUGCAGCAAAAUUGAGAAGGGAGACGAGGUGUUGCAAGUCAACAACCAGACUGUGCUGGGCUGGCAGUUGGCCAAACUUGUGGCUGCCCUGAAGGAGAGACCCAAAGAGGUGACCAUGUUGCUGAAGAAGAGGCCGAGACACACCAAUCCUUUUGGGAAUUUGCCGAACCGGCGUCAGAUGAACAGGCAUGUCACGUCGGUUGCCACUCUGCCCAAGAUCAUGAAGCGACGGUCUCGAGAUGGGGAAAAACCUGCCCGACCUACUUUGGAGUAUGUCACUUCAUCUGUGCCCACUGGAGACAUUUACAUCACCAAAGAAUCGCCCGAGGACAACAUAGAUGCCAACGACGACACGGACAACGACGUUUUCCGCAGCGGCUCCGAGUCGCCACAGUACACUCUCCCGGUCAUUGUAGACGCCAAGCAGCGCCGGGCCACGGUCAGCGGGGGGUCACCGACCUUUGAGCGACCUUCGCUGGUGGUGGAGGAUCUGGACCCAGCCCCGCUGCGGCCGAAGUCGCAGGCCAUCAACGCCGUCGAGAGGGAGGCGGCCAUUGCUGCGUUGUUGGCGGCGGAUAACUCUCUGUACAAGAAAACUGGGGACGAGAGAGUAACUCUCUGUACAAGAAAACUGGGGACGAGAGAGGUGAGGUUAAGAUACAAGAAAAGAGAGAGAGGUCAGGUUAUGACAGAUAACUCUCUGUACAAGAAAACUGGGGAUGAGAGAGGUGAGGUUAUGAUGGAUAACUCUCUGUACAAGAAAACUGGGGACGAGAGAGAGAAAAAGCGCAGUCUGAGUGAGCCGGAAGACGUCUCAGGAGAAAAAAUUUCGGCAACCUUCAGAGCUCUCGACACGCCCAACGGGUCUCUCAGCCAACCACAGACCACGUCGUCCGUUGAGAAAACUGGCAAGUCUGAGCCGCUCCUGAAGGAUACCAUUAACAAUAACGUGAGCGUAACCCCAACGGUGAAGUUUGAGAUCGGCGGUGAGUCGGAGAGUCGGUCAAACAGUACCGGAGAUGUGGUAGAGGAAGAUGCUGGGGAGGCACAGGAGUCUUUGGAUGAAGUUCCCAAAGUGCAGGAAUUCUUUGUGACAAAACCCACGGCCGUGUUGAGGGAGGGCUCCCUGUCUGCUCGCAAGUCCUGGAACAGGAACCAGAGGAUAAUCAGUAUGGAGAUUGCUGGAGAUUCUGGCAAAGGAGACUUUCCGCAGCUUAUGCGGAUAAGACGUCUUGACUCGCAGCAGAUAGCGGAACUGGAGAAUAAGAUGGAUGAUGACGACGUUUUCGUCAAACCUCAGAAAAAAGUCGACUUUGAUGUGAGCCCGAAAGAGAGUGAGAAAGCCGAAACGUUCACCCAUGUUGUGGUGGGCGGCGUGGUGCAGAAAGUUCCUGUGGAGAAGGCAAAGCCUUACACUACUCCAGAGUCCCCCACCGUGCGACUGAGGAACAAGCCCUCAGGGUCAAAGACCAGACUUGAUCGGCGCGUGUCGUGCAAGGACCUGGGGAAGGGUGACUGUGAGGGCUGGCUGUACAAGAGGAAACACAAGGACCGCGCGCUCUCCAAGCACUGGGUCAAGAGGUGGUGUGUUCUGAAGACCUUCAACCUCUUCUACUACAAGCUCAAAGACGUGAGUAUGUGUGGGUUUAAGAAAGGAAGGGAAAAUACUCUCACGCCUCUCAAUCUCUCUCUCUCACACUCCACCAACCUCAAGACCAAAAAAUUAGAGUACAGCGCUUUCAAGAUUCACAAUUCUGGCACAGUUUUCCACUUUGCGUCUGAGAGACAAGAUGACAUGGGAAAAUAACGUAGGCGCCAGCACAGAAGAGCUGCGGGUGAUGUUCAACAACAUCCAAUCAGAGGACUUGACCAUAGACGGGAAGGACAGGAUCCGGCAGCGGCGCAGUCAGUGCACCGCGCCCUCCAACCUCGGGGCGGGGGCCAACGCUGCGGAGGUCGAGCGACUGAGGAAGCUGCACUCCCUACAGAGAACGCUCAGGGCCAAAGAAAAGGAGCUGCUGGACAUUGAGAAGCUGGUGAACAAUCCCGUAAGUCCCCAGGACCUGCAGCAGUUUGCUGAGUCGCACUUGGAAGUGGAGAACAGCCCAAUGUGAAGGUCACGUUGCACACAAUGAAGUGGAGUAUAGCCCAAUGUGAAGGUCACAUCGCACACAAUGAAGUGGAGAACAGCCCAAUGUGAAGGUCACGUUGCACACAAUGAAGUGGAGAACAGCUCAAUGUGAAGGUCACGUCGCACACAAUAAAGUGGAGAACAAUCCAAUGUGAAUGUCACACACACAUGGGCGCAGACACUGGAACGGCGGAGAACAGCAGUCCAAGGUGAAGGACGCUUACAUCUGUAUAUAUAAAUAGACUCAGGUCUUACAAGUCUAUGUUCUCUGUGGUAGGGUUUAUGGUAUGGUAUAUCAUCCACAUCAUUCCAGAAUUGCUGAAAUCAUUCUAGAGAUUUCUAAUUAUCAUAAUAAUAUUGGAUUUUUGGCAAUUUUAUGGAAGGUGAUGCAUAAUUUAUGUGUGUGCCUGGUGAAAGGGACCACAUGUCGCAUUUGGAAAAAUCCCGGUUUUUUGGUGCAUUUUCAUGUACAGAAAUCAUUUCGGAACAAUGUGCUUUUAAAAUUUUAAAGAUAUCUUCAGUAGUUUUUGAGGUAUUGGUGAUUGUGUAAGUCAGGGUAGGGAAACAAAGUUUUGAGAAAAACGGCUCUAAAGUUUCCCCUUUGUUUCUGCUUCAAAUAUAUAUAUGUGUCUUACUUCAUAUGGAUAUUAUCCUAAGUCUUCUGGUUCUUCAACAUUUCUCCUUUCAUUUGCAAUGCAAAUAUUUGAGAUUCUGGGUGAAUCCCCCGUUCUUCAUGCUUCAUGGUAACUAAAACAAUUGGAUGUACUAUAAAGAAGGGAUCUGGUGCUGCCCACUACCAAGCUGUCUGUACACAUAAACAAAAGAUUCUAUGUCUUUUCCCCCCUGCAUUUCCC